AAAAUAAAUAAAAAAUAUAUAUCUGAUAGAAAAUAUAGAUCUCUGCAACUUUUGUACAAAGUAAUUGGUGCCAGUGGCUAAGUUGAUGAUGGCUUCCUCCACAUCCCCAAACUGCUUGUUUCACUUCAGCUCCCUUUCUUCUUCUUCUUCAGUAUCCAACUCAACCACCACCACACAUUUGCCCUUAUCUUCUUCUCACUCUUUCUUCAAUGGCUGCAGUGCAACUUCCCUCACCAAAUCUUCUUCCUCUUCAAGAAUAUCUGCCAAGUUUGAUAAGUUCCAAGGUAUGAUUCCCCAGGAAAUUCUUCAAGAUGCCACACCACCACCAUCUCUAGAAGCUCCUGAGGAAGAAGAUGGCGAGCAGGAAGAUGAUGACAGCUGCUUGCCUUCUGACUUGGAGGGUGCAGUGCGUCAAUCAGGUGAAGCAAGUGCAGAUUUUGUGUCUUCAGGAGGAAUGAGAGCCAUAGUUGAGCUUUUGAUCCCUCAGCUGCAAUUUCUAGACGAAGAAGGUGCACAAGCUGAGCUCUGGGAAUUGUCGAGGGUUUUCUUAGAUACGCUGAUUGAAGAAACUGGCGGUCAGAGAGUUAAAGCUGUGUUUCCUGAUGCUGGUGCGGCAGCGCUUCUAAAACACCGUUGGAAAGAUGCUGCUUUUGGAUUCGCCAGCUUAAGUGACCGAAAGCCUAUAACGAGUGAAGAUGAGAUUGUGGUUAUGGUUGUUCCUGAUUACCAGAUGUUGGGAUACGUCGAGAAACUUGCAGCUACUCUCUCAGAUGACCCGCCAAGGCCUCUCAUCAUGUGGAACCCCCGUCUCAUCAGCGAGGAUGUAGGAGUUGGAUUCAAUGUUCGAAAGUUAAGGCGGUACUUUCUCAGAACUUUUACGACAGUCUACUCAAUGAGGCCUAUGGAAUCUGGUGCUGUAUUUAGGCGUUAUCCAGGGCUAUGGAAGGUGUUCUACGAUGACAAGGAUAGACCGAACAGAUACCUGCUCGCGAAAGAGCUCAUUCAGCGCCCCGACGCUGAAGAACUUGAGAUGAUAUUCGGAAAUGUAGAUGAGAGCUCAGAGAAGGGCCAAUCUUUGUUUGAUCAAGCUGCAGGGAUGUUCUCUUCGCUAAAUCGAUUUAUGAGGGUCAUUUCAAGAUAGAAUUAUAGUCUGCUUUGAUCCAUCUCCUUCACUGUAACGCGAUUGUAUUAAGUGUUUGCUUUACAUCUGAUAUUUUCCGUCGAAACAAAUGAAAGAAAGAAAACUUCACAUUUUCGUAUCA